CGACCCUCCCAAAAUCUCACUCCACUCUGUAGAGAGUCCCACCCCCCAGUAUGCGGAGCUCCAUUCCGGAGAGAAAAAGAGGAGGAUACAAAACGGUGUAACUAUCAUCUUCAUCAUUCGUCCUCAAUCCCAGCCCUCCACUUUAAUCAGUUUCUUGAUCCAAAACAAGAAAAAGUAAAAUCCAAUCUUGCAGUAAGCAUUAAAAACGAAAACCCCUCUGCUAACAUGGAGGACAGUGAUUCAGUAUUUAGGCGGCGGUACCGCUGUUAUCCCGUGUCUUUCAUUGAUAAGCCACAUUUGGAAAAGGGUGACAAAAUUAUUAUGCCUCCCUCAGCUCUAGACUGCCUUGCUUCUAUGCAUAUUGACUACCCAAUGUUAUUCAAUCUAAGUAAUCCUUCUGCUGAGAAAGUUACCCACUGUGGUGUUCUAGAGUUCAUUGCAGAUGAGGGCUUAGUAUACUUACCAUACUGGAUGAUGGAGAACAUGCUGCUGCAAGAGGGAGAUAUUGUGCACGUAAGGAAUGCCAGUUUAGCGAAGGGAACUUAUGUGAAGUUGCAGCCCCAUACGAAGGACUUUUUGGAUAUCUCCAACCCCAAGGCCAUCUUAGAGACUACAUUGAGGAGCUACUCUUGCUUAACCAGCGGUGAUACAAUAAUGGUCCUUUACAACAAUAAGAAGUACUAUAUUGACAUAGUGGAAACAAAACCCUCCUCUGCCAUUAGUAUUAUUGAAACAGACUGCGAAGUGGACUUUGCUCCUCCUCUUGACUAUAAAGAAACUGAGAAAACAGCACCAUCUGUUUGCUCAAGGAAGACACCUCCUGAAGUUCAAGAAGAACCAGCCAGAAAAAUUGCCAGGUUCAGCCCAUUCACUGGUUCUGCAAGGCGCUUAGAUGGCAAACCCUCUACACAGCCAAGUGCAUCAUCUACCUUGCCUGUGCUGGAGCAACAACAACCAAAUGCUGACAAUAUAACUGCUGAUUCAAAGUCAUCAAGUUCCAAUUCACGCUUACAUUCUGGGAAACUUGUGUUCGGUUCAAAUGCAAACCAGAUCUCAAAAGAAUCAAACCAGACUGGAAAAGAAAUAUCCAACGUUGCCGGGAAGGAGAUCAAUCAAGAGCUGACUCAAAAAGCCAAGGAACCAAAGUUCCAGGCAUUUUCGGGGAAGAAGUAUUCAUUGAAGAGCUAAUCUUGGUGUAGCUCCUUACAUUCCACCUUUUUUUUUCUUUUGGAUAGGCAAUAAUUGUAGAUAUUGACAGCAUGCUUGAUGGUGAGAAAAUCAUAUUGAUGAUGGAUAUGGUAAAGGUUUCAUUUUCUCUU